UAUUUCUAUGGUUUUUCUGUAUUUGUAGGUUAUAGUAUUUUUUAGGUCACUUUUUUUUAUUUUUUAUCAGAAAAACAUGAUUCUGUGAUUAAUUAUUAUGUAAAUAUGUCUGAAAAAGAGCUUCAAGAGGAAGAAAGAGAAGCGUUAUCUUCUAUAUAUGAUGGUGAUGAUUUAUUUAAAGAAAUUGAUAAAAGUACAUAUCAAUAUAAAUAUGGAGAAAACAAUACUAAUAAAUCAUUUGUAUUAGAAAUAAAAUGGGGCGAGCUCUAUCCAAAUGAAUUACCUGUAAUUAAUAUGGACACAUUCUACAAUAAACAUAUAGUAACCCAUGUAAAGCAGAAAGUUGUAGAAACAUUAAGUAAUGAAGCUGAACAGUAUUUAGGCAUGUCAAUGACCUAUUCUUUAUUUGAAUUUUUGAGAGAAAAAUUUGAAGAAUUAAUUAAUGAACAACCAGAUGAACCCGAAAAAAUGGGUAUUGAGAAAUUGUGUAUUUCUGAAACAGAACAACAGCAGGGAACAUUCAAGAAAGAAAGGAAAGAGCAACUAACAAAAGCACAGAAGAGAAGACAAUGGAAUAGAAUGGAUGCAAAAGGUGAAAAGCCCAGGGGAUGGAAUUGGGUUGAUAUUGUAAAGCAUUUGUCUCAAACUGGUUCCAAAGAUGAACAACCUAUUUCAUAAAAAUGUUAUUUUUCUGUUUGUUAACAAUAAAAUAUAUCCAAUA